ACUGGUCUUAUUGGCUGUAACAAGGCCUCCUUUAUCACUAGAGGAGGGGUUUGAGGCUGCCAAACAAAUACUUCCAAAGAAGUUUUGCAUUCCCUGUGUGUGUGCGUGCGUGUUCUAAUAAGGGUCUGGAACUACCGGAAUAUGGAACUGAUACUUACUAUCUAAAUGUUUUCAUUACUCUUAAACAGCGACGGAAUGGUAAAUUGAACAUCUCAGCAUAAUAACAUAGGCUCCAGAUCAGAGGGAAUUAAUGAUAAGAAGUUACGCUCCGUGUAAAGCUGUUGGGAAACAGAAUUUGGAUCAGGGGGCCGACACUAUGAGAGCGUUUGUCAUCAUUGAGAACGGAAAACAAUAAGGACAUUUGGAGAGGAUAGAUCUGUGUUUUUUCAGAGAAAGGGAUGAGAUCCGUGGAGAAUCCUUCACUGAAAGAGAACUCUGGCAAGGCAUUCCCCUGCUCCCCCAUGACCAGCCUCCUGAUAACCAGUAAGUGAUUGUGGAACCCAGUGGGGGUUGAGGAUUAAACGACAGGCGGCAAUGAGGGACCGUUUGGAUGAAUUGCGCCAAAAGGCCCAGGAAGACCCAGACCUUGAGGCCGAGAUCAUCUACGACCCCUUAUCUGGGGUCAACGAACCCGAUGACCCGACGGAGGUGGACUUCACCACGCCGCGGGCUGUGGUGUUUGAGGAGGAACCCGUCAUUGAGAACUUCCUGUGUGAGGCCCAGCGCAUUCGAGAUGAGAUUACAGAGUUGGAUGCAGAUGUGGUUAAAUUCAGUCAACAGCAAAAGACACUGGUGGCCACAAUGCGUCGAUUCAGUGUGAUGAAGAAGGAGAGCAGCAUCACCAGGGACAUCAAGCUGCAGGCUGAGGGGCUCCACAAACGAUUGAAUGCCCUUUCGAAAGAAGCCCAGAAGACAGAGGGUCAGCACGGUCCCACCGCUGCCGUGUCCCGGAUCCAACGAACGCAACAUGCAGCCCUUCUACGGCAGUUUCAAAAGGUUAUGUCCAACUACAAUACAGGGUUGUUGACCAAACAGGAGCGCUGUAGGCACUUUAUUAUCCGCCAGUUGGAGGUUUCGGGGCGGGAGGUGACAGAGGAGGAAGUGAACGACAUGGUGGCCACAGGAAAAUGGGAGGUCUUCAAUGAGAACAUGCUGAACGAUGCCAGGAUCACACGGUCACAGCUGUCUGAAAUUGAACAGCGGCACAAGGAGCUUCUAAACCUUGAGAACAACAUGGUGGAGCUGAGGGAUCUGUUCACUGACAUUUACUUGCUUGUUGAAGAGCAAGGGGCCCAGAUUGACCACAUCCAGACCAACGUAGAGAGAACUGCGGACUAUGUGGCUGUUUCAAAUGAGAAGUUCAAGCUGGCUGCCAGGUACAAAAGGAAGAACCCCUUGAGACAGCUCUGCUGCUGCUGCUGCCCUCCCUGGAGAUGCUGCUUCUAAAACAGUUAUCCCUUGGCAGCAGAUAGACAGCCGGGUAUUGGUGAAUGUCAAAGGUAAUUGUAGCUUUGUUACAUGUAUAUCUUUAUUUUCCAUUUAACGGUUAUGCUGCUUAUCCAUGGUACAGUAGUGAACGAUAUGAAGCAUGCAUUUCGCGAAGAAAUUAUGAAUUACUGGGAGAAAGAAUGUAGAAUGAAGUUCUCUUGAGCAACAAUGUUGGAUAUAUUUGUCAUAGUAGGUCUAUCAGACAGAUAUAACCAACACAAAUAUGAUAGAGACUGAUGGCUAUCCGGACUGUAAAUAUAUGACUGAUUUGAUACUUUGUGAGCAUAUAUUUCUUACUAUUUACCACCAUGCACAAAGUCAGCUUUCACAUGCGAUUGAGAUGCAAUUACCCAAUACACUCCUGAAGCUCCACUUUAUUGUCUAUAUAGCGCUUAUUUAUCACUUUAAAACCAACAUUUCAGGUCCCAUUGUAUAGUUAACUAAUGCACCAAAUGUAGGUAUUAUCUAUUGUCCUAUUUGUUUAUAUUUUGUCUAUUACUAUGUUCUAUGAUACCAUUGUAAAUGAUGGGUUAUCAAAUAGAGAUGAGGUAGCCAAUACAUGCACCAAUAAAAUGAAAAACAGAAACCAUUCCCUCAUCCUAUGCUGAUGCUAUCACUUCAACACUAUCUAUCUAUCUAUCUGUCUGUCUGUCUGUCUGUCUGUCUGUCUGUCUGUCUGUCUGUCUGUCUGUCUGUCUGACUGUCUGUCUGUCUGUCUGUCUGUCUGUCUGUCUGUCUGUCUGUCUGUCUGUCUGUCUGUCUGUCUGUCUGUCUGUCUGUCUGUCUGUCUGUCUGUCUGUCUGUCUGUCUGUCUGUCUGUCUGUCUAUCUUUCUAUCUUUCUAUAUAUCUAUAUAUCUAACCUGCCCCUUCAAAUCCCAGAUCCUAUCAUAUAGGGAGUUGGCAAAGUUUUAGAAGUGCUGACAUGUUGUAGUUCAAUUCAACAGUAUUUUAAUUACUUUAAAUUAAAACCUUUGAAUAUUGGUCAAAACAAAUUGUUUUUAAGGAAAUUGAAUGGGCUUCUCCAUUCCUUCUUCAGUAUUCACACAGUGAAAUCUAUAAGCACUAAUACCGUUGAAGCACAGGCUAACUAUUAAUGUUGAUAAGAUUAAGCUGACUUGACCGAUUUCCUUUCUGUCCCUGAAAUUUGAUUUUAUUGUUGGUUGGUUUAAUUUGUUUGAUUCGCCGCUUCUGGAAAUCCAUGGGGCUCUUCCAGAAGAAGGGUCCCUUUACACGUUGAACUUCUCUAACAUCCGGUUCAUCCAUCUCUCAUGGGCAGGACCAUCUCAACAGGUGUCUGCUAUAGGCGGCUAUAUUUGAGGUGUAAAUACAACCCAGGUGUGUUUGACUUUACAAAUACAAAGGGAACCGGGUGUGGACGAGCCAGACCCGUAACACUGGUUUGAAUGUGUGCAGCGUUUUUUGGGGUGGGUGGUUGGACAGUAUUCAGAUAACAUUGACACAAUGUCAAGAAAGAAUAUAUUAUAAUAUAUUGCAUAAUGGUAUUAUAUAACAUAUAUUGUAUUCUAUACACGCACACACACACACACACACACACACACACACACACACACACACACACACACACACACACACACACACACACACACACACACACACACACACACACACACACACACCGAACACACACACACAUAUUUCUAUACAUAUAUAUAUAUAUAAAUAAAUAUAUAUAUAUACAUACAUAUAUAUAUGUUAAACAUGUAUGUAUCAGUGAUAUGCAAAUUAACUAAACUAUUGUCUUUUGCGACCUCAGUUUUCAAAGGCGGUGACACAGGGAGAUACAUUAGGUUGAAAUGAAAAGAACUAGGUUUCCCAGAUGUACUUGACCCUGAUCUCUCGCCACGAGGCAAAGAACCUGAAGAACUGAAUGAAUCGUAUUACCACUUCAUGGUAGCCUACUACUAUUAUAUACUAUCAUAGCCUACUUUUUAUUCAUCAAACAUGAAUUUACAAUUUGUAUGCUAAAUGUGUUUUGCUGGGGCAUCAAAGUAUGGAUUAUAUAUUAAAUUAAAAUAACUUAUUAUUAAUAGUAAUCAUAAUACUAAUUGAAAGUAUUAGCAACAAUAAUACUCAUUAUUAUUUGUAUUAUUUGUAUGAUUAUUGUACGUCUAUUUUACAUGUGUAUUAUUAUUAUAAUGGAGUCCAAGUCAUUGGUAUGUCAUUCAGCGUUCCUUGUAAUUGAAUAUUCAUCCACCGGUAGAGUGUCUGGAUUCCUCGUUCUCCUGGAGAGCAGCGUUCACUUUCCACUGGAGCUCCCUCUCCAUACAGAACAUUUUCAUUUUAGCCAGAGAGUUAAACUGUCGGGCAAGUGCACGUUGCUAAAAAUACACACUGUAGGCUUUUGUGGUGUGAAAAACUGAAACCUCAAACCCUUUGAUGGAAAGUGUAGUCGCUUCAGUGAAAGCAGCGGAUCGUAUUUGUCUGACUUUGGCACUGUGAUUCCCGAGAUAUAAUAUGGGGAUUGUUCAAUAUCGCCCCGAUUCUGAAAUUAUUAGUGAAAGCUUAUUCAUUGUACCAACUGCUGAGGUAGGACUAAAUUUGGGGAAGUCGGUGCAGGGAAAUAGUUUAAAUAGGCUAAUGAAUCGAUGCUGUUAUCGCGGAUGGGUUGAUAUUAGUUUGAUCUCAAAAUAAUGCAUCCGCUACUUCUUUCCAAAAGCUGGGACAUUGAAGACUUAUAAAAUUUAUCAAAACGCAUAUCAUAUUCGAUAAAUACGAACCUUCGUGGAACUUCGUACAUAUUGACCGAUGGUUGGUUAUAAAUCGCAGCCUCCAGCGGACAGUAUGGCACCGAGAAAUUACAGAAGAGGGCGCAAGUAGGCUAUACAAAAAGUGCUCCCAGUACGGCGCGUCAAAUCACAACUCAUUCCUUUGUCUUGUGACAAACAGACAAAGGAUUAUGUCAAGCUUGUUCAAGUUAUAGUUUACAGAGGCCAGAGAUAUUCCUCUUUAUUGGAAGGGAUUUCAAGGAUUUUGCUGUUACACUUCCCUUUUUCUCUCUCACACACGCACACGCACCCACACACACACACACACACACACACACACGCACACACACACACACACACACACACACACACACACACACACACACACACACACACACACACACACACACACACACACACAUAUAUAUAUGUAUAUAUAUAAUCCUAUAUAUACUGUAUAUAUGCACAAUAAAUAAUUUACAUCAGGCUGCUGAUCUCUAUAAUGAAAUAGAAAAAGACCAAAGUGACUAAUGCCAGCGAGUCAAUUGCUAUUGUCUCAUUUCAAUUUCAGUCCACAUUACAGGUAAUGUGAUCCGGGCUCCAUGCUUUAUUCUACAUUGUCAUCAAACACAGACCAAUAUCGAUUAGAUGGCUUUUAAGCGUCUUAAUUUGAUUCAGUCCAUCAGAUAGGCGAAUGGAGAGCCGGCGCUGUUAUGGGCUGAGGCAGGAGUGCAUUCAGCACUAUGUCUGCGCUCAUAAUCAAAAGCUAAAGGCUGGCUGGCGUGGUGCCUCAGCCACAGGACAGACUGCACUGCUGCACAGUAAUAAGGGAACAAGGGCGACUCUCUCACCAAGACCUGUACCUCUUUGUAAGCCUAGAUUGGUAUCUAUUCAUGUCCAAAUAGUGUGUGUGUGAGUGGUGUGUAUGAGAGGUGUGUGUGGAUAUCUUUUAAAGCACCAGGGGCUGUCUGUUUUCCUAUACGUAUGUGAUAUUUUGUUCACUAUAUGCUGUGUGUGUAUGUUUGUGUGUGUACAUGUUUUUUUUAAUCACGUUUUUG